AUGCCAAAGAGUGCUGGCCGUUUCCAGUGUAUACCUGCUUCAUCGUCUCAGUCGCAUCGUCAAACGAGUCACUCGCUCCUCGAUAUCGCGCGUCCCCGGGCCCUGGUACUCGAAGUGGACGAGAGUGGUCAUCGACUACCACUUCCUCCGUGGUACACGCAGCUUAUACAUCCACGAUUUACAUGCCCAAUAUGGUUUGUAUCUACCGGCACCGGAUUCCACGAUGCUUACCCCCCAACCCAAACCUUGCCAUUGACUGACCUGCCAUUGACUGACCGCGGCCAUCAUCUCUUCCCAGGACCCAUUGUGCGAAUCGCGCCAGACGAAGUCAACGUUACCGAUAUUGACGCCGUAAAAACAAUUUACAGUGUCAAAGACACUUUCCUCAAGUCGGGAUUCUAUCGCCGCAUCGUCCCACCCGAGUCUAUAUUCAGCACCGCCAAUGUUGACUUUCACCGGCGUCACCGCAGGCUUCUCGCGGGGCCACUGACGGAGACAUCUCUCAAAAAGACGAUUCCUGCCAUCCGCACCAUCUCGGAUCUGGUGGUGCAGCGCAUGGGAGAGGAGAUGAAGGUGCGCGGCGCGGCCGACGUGUUCAAAUGGGCCACGUUUAUGGCAACGGAUACUAUUGCACAACUUACUUUUGGCGACUCGUUCCACAUGGUCGAGCUUGGUCGGAAAACUGAAUACGCCCUCGAACUCCAGAAUGUGAGCAGCGUGGCUGCUCUGCGUUCUACUUUCCCGGGCCUGACCCGUCUCGCCUUCAAAUUACCUUUCCAGCUGCCCAUUUUCCAACGGGCGGUCAAGGGGUCGAGCAAUAUCAAACGGUAUUGCACAGAGUCACUAGAUCGCUACCGGCAGCUCCUCGACGCAGAUCCGGGCAUGGCCCACAAGACUCUGUUGGCCAAAGCCUUUGAAGCAGAGCAAGAGGACAACUUGCCCUUCCACGAGGUGAUCGCCGAUGCCCAGACUUAUAUCGUUGCCGGAAGCGGCUCGACAGCCAAUACGCUUGCCUUUCUCAUCUGGGCCGUCUGCCGCAACCCGUACAUCCGGGACCGGGUAGUCAAGGAGUUGGCAUCUCUUCCGCCAGAUUACCAAGAAUCACAUCUGCGAGAACUACCCUACCUUGGCCAAGUCGCCGAGGAGACGCUCCGGCUCUACGGCGGCGCGCAGGCAGGUCUUCCACGGACUGUGCCGCCCGGAGGAGCUGAGCUAGCGGGAUUCUGGCUCGAUCAGGGUACAGUCGUUAGUACGCAGGCGUAUAGCUUGCACCGUGAUGCCAUCAUUUUCCCCGACCCAUUCGUCUUUGACCCCUCGCGUUGGGAAAACCCCACUCAGGCUAUGAAGGACGCCUUCAUGCCUUUUGGUCGAGGCUCUCGAAGUUGCAUUGGGUUGCACCUCGCACAGAUUGAGAUCCGGCUCGCUGCCGCGCGAUUCUUCCUGACGUUUCCCGAGGCUAAGCCCUCAUCGCUAGAAGGCAUGUCAGACCGUGACAUGGUGCCUGCGAUAUAUUUCACCACGGUACCUGCCGGCAACCGCUGCCUGAUUCAAGCGGCUUAG